CUUUCUGCCCUCUGCCGGAAGAAACCCUCGCCGCGCCCGCCACAUCGCACCCCUUUUCCCUUCUCCUGACCGAAACGCUUGCUCCGUCCCUGUGCCCAAAACCAUCGCCUAAGUUACCAAAACCUCGCGAUACAGUCGCAAAUAGAGCUACCCGGGAAGGCAACGGAGAGAUCGCGGCGUACAGAGACCGAAAUUGCCAUCUUUCUUCUCCUUCCGUGCAGCUCCUACCCGAAACUAUGGAGGCAGAUGGAGUUAUCUUACUUUUUGCUCGAAUUGCCCGUCCAGGAUUUACUAAAUCCGCCAGAUUCACAUGAUUUAGUAAAUACGGGAUUGGCGGCCGAAAUCAGUAAAAUCCGGAUGUACUAAAUCCGCGGCUUUAUUUUGUCCAAACCGACUGUCUGGCAGUAUUUAGAGCUCGCACAGCUACUCCGCAGUGAGAAUAAAUUUCUUUCCCAGGAGCUGCGGAAGGGUCCUUUUUUUUCUGCCAUGUCGUUUUCUGGCUUCGGCAAAAGUUCUGGUCCCUCCAUACCACCGGCGAUCCAGCCGGCGUUCGGAAGUGUACCUGCGUUUCCAUGGAGAUCUCCGAGUUCCAGCCCGACCAGCUCGACCAACGUUGCGGCCAUCCAACAUGCGCAGCCGCAGCAUCAAGGGGUUUUGUAUCAGACAGAGAGGCCUGAAGAGUCUCCCUGCUAUAGCGAUCCUCCAAAACUGUCAUCUGAAGUAUCUUACCAUUUAAACCAUCAGAGGCUUUCUCCAAUUGCAUCAACUUCAAACGGGGUUGGGACUAGUUUUUUAACAAAGUCUGGCAGCCAGAGUCUUUCCAACCAUAUCAGAUCACCACCUUGGUCAACUCAAAAUAGUGGCUUUAUUGAAAACUAUAGAUCUAAUUAUUUUUCAACAACAAGAUCAGGAGCGCAUACUGAAAUGCUUUUGAAAAAUGCCAUUGAAGAAGCUCCCAAGAUGAAGUCCGUGUCUGUGAACUUUGAAAGCAGUUCCUCAGUCCAAGCAACAUGUUCAGAUAAGCAAGUACAGCGGCCUAAUUCAAUCACUAAUAGACUAACUAGACGAAAAAUGCCUUUACCCCACAGUGAUUCCCCUUCUCAGGAUAUGCUUGACCAUGCUGAGUCUCAGUCUGAUGGACAAAAUGUCGGAACUUCUAUGCUAGAAAAAUCUUCCUACCUUGUUGCGCCUAAAAGGGCCAGGUCUCCUCUUAUAUCUGUGGAAAAAUCCAUACAUUCUUCUUCUGUCGUAUCUGAUUCUGAGAGGGAAAUGCAAGCAAAGGCAAAGCGAUUAGCUCGCUUCAAGACUGAAUUAACCCAACCAUUACAGAAUCUACAGGAUAUCUCAUGGCACAAAUCUUCUGAAAAUAGGCAAAAGCAGGUACCUUUAGUUCAACAAAAGACUGAUGAGCAUGCUGAAGAUGCAAGUUAUGGUGGUAACUUUCCUGAUCAUGAAGGUGUUGAAUCAUCAAAAGCUGUGAUUGGUCUGUGCCCAGAGAUGUGUCCAGAUUUGGAGAGGGAUGAGCGUGAAAGAAAGGGAGAUCUUGAUCAGUAUGAGCGCUUGAAUGGAGAUAGAAACCGAACAAACAAAUUUCUUGCUGUUAAAAAAUAUAAUAGGAUGGCUGAGCGUGAAGCUGAGUUGAUAAGGCCUUUGUCUGUCCUGCAGAAGACAGUUGAUUAUCUUCUAAGUUUGUUGGAUCAACCUUAUGAUGGAAGUUUUCUUAAUAUAUACAACUUCUUGUGGGACAGAAUGCGAGCAGUACGGAUGGAUCUCAGGAUGCAACACAUUUUCAAUGAAGAUGCUAUUCUCAUGCUAGAACAAAUGAUAAGGCUUCAUGUAAUUGCUAUGCAUGAGUUAUGUGAAUUUGAGAAAGGUGAGGGUUUCACGGAGGGUUUUGAUGCACACCUCAAUAUUGAACAAAUGAAUAAAGCCUCUGUUGAGUUAUUUCAACUGUAUGAUGACCAUAGAAAGCGGGGGAAAAGUUUUGCAUCAGAAAAAGAAUUUAGAGGAUACUAUGCACUUCUCAAGUUAGACAAGCAUCCUGGUUACAAAGUGGAACCUGUAGAGCUCUCACUUGAUCUUGCUAAGAUGACUCCUGAGAUACGAAGUACUAAAGAAAUUUUAUUUGCUCGAGAUGUUGCAAGUGCUUGUAGGAUUGGCAAUUAUAUUGCAUUUUUCAGGCUUGCUAGAAAAGCAACGUAUCUUCAGUCCUGCUUAAUGCAUGCUCAUUUUUCUAAGCUGAGAAAGCAGGCGCUUGCUUCUCUACAUAGUGGUCUUCAGAAUAACCAAGGGAUUCCCAUCGCGCAUGUUGAAAAAUGGCUGGCUAUGGAGGGGGAGGAUGUUGAGGGUCUUCUAGAAUAUCAUGGAUUCUCAAUAAAAAAAUAUGAAGAGGCAUACAUGGUGAAAGAAGGCCCCUUUCUCAGCACUGAUGUUGAUUUCCCCACAAGAUGUGCGCAACUUGUUCAGCAUAAGAGAUCAGAAAAGAUAGUCGAUGAUGUCAGAACUGCUUCAAUCCUUGAAGAGCUUUAUGUGGAAAGGGAAUGCGGAGAUAAUAUUGUAGAUAUAUUCGACCAUGAAAACUCUGUCAACGCUGAAAGUCACGCAACUGCUUAUGAUGAAAAGAUGCUGGAUAACAAUAUUUGUUAUUCUCCUAAAGUUCUAACUAAACCUUCUAGUUUGUUUGAAGAGCGACUUCCAUUUAUUGAAAAUAGAGGAAUUGAAAUGAAAACGGAAGAAAUGCCUGCCAUGAGGACAACAUUUAUGCCUCCGGUUGAGAAUGUUGGUAAAUAUGGCCAACAAUAUGAUAAUCAACAAAUAAUACAUCGUUAUGAUGAGACUUUCUUUAAUGAAGUGACAUUGCAAGUUCUUGAGAGUAGUAAAAUCCAACCACCUGUUCAUCAAAGUUCCAGUUCUUCCAUGAUAGAUAGAAAUUCAACAUCUAAAAUGUCUGAAAGUGAAGAGCUUGAGAGUGAAACUCUGCUUCCCUUGUUUGAUCAAGAGGAAGCUAAAAAGAAAACACUGAAACUGAUCUUAAGGAAAUGGAAGAAGCGGGCAGCCAUGAGGAGAGCAAACAGGGAACUGAAAGAAUUUCUGGCUAGUGAAGCACUGAGCUCACUAUCAUUAGGACCACCUAUUGGUCAAAUUCAAUAUCAACAAUCUAGGUCCUAUAAACUUCCUGACAUUGACGCUAUUUCAAAUGCUAGACAUGGAAAAAUAGUCAAUUCAUGGUCAAGGUUGAACAUAUCUGAUUUGGUUGCACCAAUUAUGGUUGCAAGAAACCCUAGCAUCAGAUUUAUUUGUUGGAAGUUGAUCCUUUUGGUGCAACCGAGUGAUCCCGAUAACCAAACCCAUCAAUUAGCUUUAGAUUGGUUGUUCUUUAAGCUAUUAGGUAAAGAACAUGAUGCUGAGUUGGUGGUAUGCUCAUCAGGUUUAUCAAUAUGGAAGAAAUGGAGCGAUCCCUAUGGAAGUUCUCCCCAAACUUGUUGCUUGUCUAUCAUCAGAGAAAAGAUUCUUGAUGGCAGCCAUACAAUUGAAGGGGAUGUCCUUCAUGGUGCAAGUUGCUUGGCUUAUCUUGUCUCAGAGACCAUUCCAUGGGAAAUUCAGAGAGCUCGGCUUCAAAACGUUUUGGUGUCUGUACCAGCUGGAUCUAGCUUACCACUUUUAAUAUUGAGUACUGAUUCACCUAAAGGAGAGUAUGCAGAAAGAUCAGUUAAUAUCACGAGAAGACUAUCCCUUCAAGAUGAAAAGGAGAUGAGGAUAUCCUCUUCUUUUGUAACGUUUCUUUCUGACAGCAGUUUAAAAAAUUUGCCUGGCUUCUUUGAUGAUAACCAGUUGAGAGCGGGUUUGCAGUGGUUGGCAAAUAAUGUCCCGACUCUGCCUUCACUUUGUCUUGUCAAAACUCGUGAAGUGGUCCUAAAUUACUUGAAACGAUGCAUGGAAGUCACUGCAAAUCACAAAGGAUUUGACAUUGCCCCAAAUGAUUGCAUAGAUGGAUUUAAUAAAGCCUUGGAUAAGUCAGCGGAGGAAAUCAUGGUUACAGCAUCCAUGAAUCCAACUCAGUGGCCAGCUCCAGAAAUUGAUCUUCUAGACAACUCUAGCAAUGAGGGAAGGAUGGCAGGCCUAUACCUUCCAAGCACAAGCUGGAAUUCGCCCACAAGAAUUGAUCAAAUCAUUAGAGCUAUUAAAUCCUGCAAACUUCCAAGUUUUCCUGACACAGCCUGGCUGAAGCACGAGUCGCUCACUGGUGUGCAGCUCAAGCAGCAAAAGUUGGCUCUUGAAGAAAUCUUGAUGAACUACCUGCAUGAAUCAAACAAAUUGUUAAACGCCGAUCUAGCCGUCCGUGAGGCAGGCGUAAUGCUACAGAAGUGUGUAGGUCUCCAGCAUUGUGGAUCUGGUUACUGCCUUAUUCCAAGAUGGAAUUUGAUUUUCCAGAGAAUUUACUCUUGGCAAUUAAAUAAACUAACUGCUCCGGGAAUCUCCAAUGUUUACAUAAUGGAUAACAAGGAUAAUCUUCUCACAAAUGAUGCACUUGACUCUGGAGUAGAGCAAUCAUCAUUUCUUUAUUUUCCUACUGAUGUUUCUCUGGAUGAAUUGGUGGAGAAAAUUUGCAGUAAUCCCUUUGAAGAACGGCGCAUCGUUGUUAGGCCGAUGCCUCCUAGAAGCACCGGUGGAGGCGGCGAUGAUGUGAAAGCCCACGAGGACGAAGAUGGUGACAGUGCAGAGGCUGGAAUGAGUAGCCGAAACCAUGAUGAUCUCCGAUGCAGCUCUUCUUAUGAGCUCGUUCCAGAGCUCAUGGAUACAAAUAAACAGAUUGUGGAUCUACCAGUUUUUAGGAAUGAUAGGCUAGCCACGUUACUAAAGCGUUGUAACAGAGUGCAAGACAUGAUAGACCAGAAGCUGGCUAUCUAUUUUUGAAAAUUUUGAGCUCCUAUCUAUUUCUUUCUUUUUUUCUUUCAUCUUGCGAUACAUUCCUUCUGUUUAUCUAUUUUGUAUUUAAAUCCUAUUUGUUGAUGUUUAUUUUGAUAAAAAUAUU